ACUUACACAACCAUCAAAGCUACGAAUUCCUCUCAAACAUACAAAGAAGAAGAAGAUGAUGAUGAUACUGAGAUCUCCUUGUAAUAAUCUAAUGAUAAUGCUGUGCAUUUGUGCCCUUGUGGUGGCUUCCAUGGCGGCGGAAGGUCCUAGGGUUUUCAAGGUGGGAGACGAGUUCGGGUGGAGAGUCCCACUCCAGAAUGAUUCAGCGCUUUACAGCCACUGGGCCAGCAGCAACCGCUUCCACAUCGGUGAUUCACUCUCGUUUGUGUACGACAAGGACUCGGUGAUGGAGGUAGACAAAUGGGGUUUCUACCACUGCAACGGCAGCGAUCCCAUUACAGCCUUUGACAAUGGAAACAGCACGUUCGACCUUGAUCGUCCUGGUCUCUUCUACUUCAUCAGCGGCUCCAACCAGCACUGCACCAGCGGCCAGCGUCUCAUCGUAGAAGUCAUGCAUAUCCACCAACACCAUGAUGACCAUCACGACAAUGCUUCCAUGCCUCCAUCCAUGUCGCCUCUCUCUGCCUCUCCCUCAGCAUCUGCUGCCUCCUCCCUGUCCACGGCUUCUCUCUUCCCUGCUUUUCUUCUUCCUCUUUUCUUAACCAUAGUCCAUAGCUAGCUCUUGUUUCAUUUCUUAAGUCAUAGUGUUGCCCUUUGAAUUGAUUGCUGCUCUUUACUUUUCUUCUUCUUUUUUGUUGUUUCAUUCAUCGAACCUUAUGAUAUAAUCCGAUUUAUGUUCUCUUCAUUUAUAACAAAAACAAUCAAAGCCA